UUUUUAGUUUCGAUUGUACCGUGCAUAUACCAAUAUAUACCAUGCGAACCAGAUGGAACUUUACGGGACUGCUGGCCCUAGCUCUUCUGGCUCUUCAGGAGCCCACAGAAGCAUCCAUGCGGAUGCGAGGCGAAUCACUUCCGGGAUUGGCCAAUGCAGAGAAGCGUCGCUCCAGCGAGUCUGUGCCCCAAGGUCGUGUGGCAGGCGGCACCACCUCCACCGAGGGCAAUUGGCCGUGGAUUGUGACCCUCCAGAAUAUCUACUCGUAUCACCUGUGCGGCGGCAUCAUCAUUGACCCCAAUUGGGUGGGCACAGCGGCCAGUUGUGUAGCUGGUUUGAGAUCCAGCAGGUUGCUGGUGGUCACAGGAACCUCGGAUUGGUGGGACCUAUAUGCCCCCUACUACACCGUGGAUCAGAUCCAUGUGCACUGCAACUUCGACAAGCCGCUGUAUCACAACGAUAUAGCCCUCUUGCACUUGGCCACGCCCAUCGAGUUUAAUGAUGUGACCACGAACAUAACGCUGGCGGAUAUCGAUGAUCUGCAGGAGGGCGAGAAGUUGACCUUCGCGGGCUGGGGCAGCACAGAGGCCAUGGGCACCUACGGUCGCUAUCUGCAGGAGUCAUCGGGCACCUAUCUUCCGAAUGCCGACUGCCAGGAGAAAUUACAAAACUACGACGAUGUGGAUCUGGGUCAUGUCUGCGUCCAAAUGGACGAGGGCAAGGGCGCCUGUCAUGGGGACACCGGCGGACCGCUCAUCGAUGAACAGCAGCGCCUCGUGGGCAUUGGCAAUUGGGGCGUGCCCUGCGGUCGUGGCUAUCCGGAUGUGUAUGCGCGAAUUUCGUUCUACCACGAUUGGAUCCGCACCACCAUGAACGGGUGUACAAUCGGCUAGACGUUGGCCAUUUCUUAUCGGUGCACUGAGGGAAAUAUGAUGUACCCAGCUGGCGAUGGAUUUAUUAAUAUGUAUAUCGAGAAUAACGAUUAAAUGUGAUUUUAUCAUUUGGCAAU